GGUGAGGGGGGCGUCUUCGAGGCGCAGUUAUUGCAUGAUGAAAGGGACAGUGGACUUUACCCCUUCAGCUUCAGCUUCCAUUGAGGCGUUAAUUUGCAGAACAAGGAGCUUCCUUUGUCGGACUUGUAACUAAAGAUGGCCGACCUCCAGGCUAAAUUUGAUACAGCAGCAGCUGAGGUGAAGCAACUGAAGGCGAAGCCGACAGAUGAAGAGAUGCUUCAGGUCUACUCCCUGUUCAAGCAGGCCACUGUGGGUGAUGUCAACACAGCUCGUCCUGGGAUGUUUGAUUUCACGGGGAAAGCUAAAUGGGAUGCCUGGGAGAAGCAGAAAGGCAAGAGCAAAGAGGAUGCCAUGAACGGGUACAUCAACCUGGUGGAGGAGUUAAAGCAAAAGUAUGGAAUCUAAAGUCAGAUAAUAACCACUAACUGGUGGGGCCAACUACCACUGGCUGAGACCACAGCCACUGGUCCUCUCAUCCUGAUGCUGUGAGACACCUUUUAAACUAAGGAGUGUGUCUUUAUACAAUGCAUGUAAAUACCUGGUGGGCCAUUAGUUGUCCCAGUGAGAUUGAAGUGGCCUAAAUAAUCACUGAUGUACGAUCAAAAACUCCACCAGAGUACAGUAAUAUUUUAGUUAAUGUUUUCAAACUAAUAUCUGCACAGAAUCCUGCCAUUUCAAAAUAAAAUAAAUUUUCUCUAAA